AUGUCGAAUACGCUACGUCCAUAUCUCACCGCCGUACGAUCCUCAUUGACAGCAGCAUUGUGUCUCGAUAACUUUUCAUCUGAGAUUGCAGAACGACAUAACACGCCCGAAGUUGAAUCUGGGAAAUCCAAGGAGGUCUUGUUGAACCCUCUUACCAUCAGUCGAAACGAAAAUGAAAAGGUGUUUAUCGAGCCAUCCGUGAAUUCCGUUCGUAUUAGCAUCAAGGUCAAGCAAGCUGAUGAUUUGGAACGUAUCUUGUGUCACAAAUUUGCCCGUUUCUUGAUGAUGCGUGCUGAAAGCUUCGUCAUUUUGCGCCGAAAGCCAGUCGAGGGCUAUGAUAUUUCCUUCUUGAUCACCAACACACACACUGAGCAAAUGUACAAGCACAAGCUCGUCGACUUUAUCGUGCAUUUCAUGGAAGAGGUCGAUAAGGAAAUCUCAGAGAUGAAGUUGAGCGUGAACACUCGUGCUAGAACCGUUGCAGAAAGCUACUUGGCUCAGUUUGCAUAG